AUGACUACGACCUCCGCAUUCGCCGUUUCUGCCAUGGAGGUCCCCGGGGUAGAUGAUACCAUGGAGAUGGCUUCUCCCUAUCAAGGCCAUGUUGAUGAUUUCGAUAUCGAUCUUGAUGUCAUGGAAGAUCAGAUCUCGACAACUGACAAAGAUAUGAUGGGGGACGAUGACUAUCAAGAUUCUUCACAUGACAUGGGACUCGAACCCGAGGGAGCGAACGACGAGGAUAUGAUGGAUGAUUUUGCCGAGCCAACGAUGACAGACCCCGAUGAACACUAUCCUGACACAAAUGAUAACGUCGAAAUGCAAUACAGCGCAGAGAAGUCAUACGAGGCUGAGAUGCUGGAAGAUGACUACGAUGAGGAUAUCGAUGCCCCAGUGCCAGAGUUUCAUGAAGAUGCUCCUUCUCACGAGUAUCAUAGCACCGACAAAGCACCGGAGCAUCCUAUUGCAGAAGAACCCAGUACUGCCGAUCAUGACAUCGAGAAUUCGGACCUUGAAUACCAUCCUGAGGCACAAGCAGAACUGGUUCGCGACGAAGAUGGCGAGAAGAAGGACGAAUCAGAUCCACCUCAUGAUGGCGAUAAAUCGCAUUCUGUUGCCCAAGAAUCUGAGUCGCAUCUACAUGAGGCCGAAAAUAAGGCCGACAAUACAGCCGAAGCUUCGCACGACACUAACAAAGCAGAGCAAUCAGAUUCCAAGGCCGUGCCCUUUGAAGAACAGAGCGACAAUUUUGCGAUAGCGAACCAGCCAGAACACAAAGAAGAUGCGCAAGGAAUCGAAGUAACUGUGGCUGAGGGCCAGGGGUCUGACGCCCAGCAGGUAGAAGGCCACUCUCAGACGAAGGAAGAAGAGAUUCAGCCAACUCAACAACAUGAGGAAGCGGCCGACACGACUGAACACGAUUCAGCCCUGUACCCUGUGAAAGUCUAUUAUCAAGAUAACGAGAUAUCCUUGUUUCCCCCUCAAGAAGGUGACUCAUCAGAGACGUUUUUCCUUGAGGAUGAGGGCCUUGCCUAUGAGCCUCUCGGGAAGCUUUUCGCUUCCUGUCGAGAAGUCCUCCGGGACCAUGUUGGGGAGAAUGAAGUCCUAGUCAUGGAUGUUGACUCUCUGAAUAUCCAACUAACAGAGGUCUGUUAUUCAGCCCCUUGA